GAAUAAUGUGAGUGCGCUUGGAAAGGAGACCUUCUGCUCCCCGGGCUCGGGGCGAGCGCCCGCCGGCCGCCUUCCCCGGGCAGGGGCGCCCAACCCAACCGGCUCCAGGGCACUGAUCUGCAGUUUCCCUCCCGUUGGCCGUCCGUGGGUGCCAAGUUCCACACGUGAUUUCAUGGAUCAGAAGGAGAUGUCAGUGAAAAAAGGGGUCCAGAAUGAUUACUAACCCAUGACUCCCAACAGUAUGACAGAAAAUGGCCUUCCAGCCUGGGACAAACCAAAGCACUGUCCAGACCAAGAACACGACUGGAAGCUAGUAGGAAUGUCUGAAGCCUGUCUGCAUCGGAAGAGCCAUUCGGAGAGGCACAGCACAUUGAAAAAUGAACAGUCAUCGCCACAUCUCAUCCAGGCCACUUGGACUAGCUCGAUAUUCCAUCUGGACCAUGACGAUGUGAAUGAUCAGAGUGUCCCAAGUGCCCAGACCUUCCAAACGGAAGAGAAGAAAUGUAAAGGGUAUAUCCCCAGUUACUUAGACAAGGACGAGCUGUGUGUGGUGUGUGGUGACAAAGCCACUGGGUAUCACUACCGCUGCAUCACCUGUGAAGGCUGCAAGGGUUUCUUUAGAAGAACCAUUCAGAAAAAUCUCCAUCCAUCCUAUUCCUGUAAAUAUGAAGGAAAAUGUGUCAUAGACAAAGUUACACGAAACCAGUGCCAGGAAUGUCGCUUUAAAAAAUGCAUCUAUGUUGGCAUGGCAACAGACUUGGUGCUGGAUGACAGCAAGCGGCUGGCGAAACGGAAGCUGAUUGAGGAGAACCGGGAGAAGAGGCGGCGGGAGGAGCUGCAGAAAUCCAUCGGGCACAAGCCAGAGCCCACCGAUGAGGAGUGGGAGCUCAUCAAGACAGUCACUGAAGCCCACGUGGCCACCAAUGCCCAAGGCAGCCACUGGAAGCAGAAACGGAAAUUCCUGCCAGAAGAUAUUGGACAGGCACCAAUAGUGAAUGCCCCAGAAGGUGGAAAGGUCGACUUGGAAGCCUUCAGCCAUUUUACAAAAAUCAUCACACCAGCAAUUACCAGAGUGGUGGAUUUUGCCAAAAAGUUGCCUAUGUUUUGUGAGCUGCCAUGUGAAGACCAGAUAAUCCUCCUAAAAGGCUGCUGCAUGGAGAUCAUGUCCCUUCGCGCUGCUGUGCGCUACGACCCAGAAAGUGAGACUUUAACCCUGAACGGGGAGAUGGCAGUGACACGGGGCCAGCUGAAAAACGGGGGUCUUGGGGUGGUGUCCGACGCCAUCUUUGACCUGGGCAUGUCGCUGUCUUCUUUCAACCUGGAUGACACUGAAGUAGCUCUCCUUCAGGCCGUCCUGCUGAUGUCUUCAGAUCGCCCGGGGCUCGCCUGCGUGGAGAGAAUAGAAAAAUACCAAGAUAGUUUCCUGCUGGCCUUUGAACACUAUAUCAAUUACCGAAAACACCACGUGACACACUUUUGGCCAAAACUCCUGAUGAAGGUAACAGACCUGCGGAUGAUUGGAGCCUGCCAUGCCAGCCGCUUCCUGCACAUGAAGGUGGAGUGCCCCACGGAACUGUUCCCCCCGUUGUUCCUGGAAGUGUUUGAGGAUUAGACUGGCUGACUUCAUUCUCAUAAUUCCUACAGCACUACUGGGUAUCAUUUCAUUCCAUUGCCUAGAUCUUUUUUGUUUGUUCUGUUGUUUCUUUGUGUUGGGGGGGAUUGUUGAGGGGUAAAAGGAGGUAGUCCUUGGCGUAGACAUGGAUGAAAUUGCCCCUUGAAUGCGGGUACUUGUAACUAUUGCAUUUGUUCUCCAGUCCUUUGAUGUGAAUGCUCGGGAGUUUUUACAGUUCUGGAGGUGGGGUGGGGACCAUCAUCAAUUCACCAGCACCAAGCCAUCACCAGCUCCCAUCUGUCCCGGGCCAGAGACUCAAGCAAGCGAAAUGGCACAGCAGAAGACUAAAGAAGCCUUAAAACCAAGAUCAUGUGGUUGUCUUGAUCCCAUUCUUAUUUUCUGCGGGGAUCACGUUAGCAAGACACGCGUUAGCAGGUCAGACAGCGUUUUGUUUAUUCUAGAGCCGUCUCCAGCUCUCCUCUCCCUCUCCUGGCAGCGUAACUUAGAAUGUACAGAAAUAUCGGUUCCCCCAAAUCAGCUCUUCUUUCACUGGGAUUUUUAUAACCCUACGAUUUAAUUCAAGUUAUACAAGGCGUCACUCAAAGAACUGCAGGUACUUAACUGAUUGAGACCAACAUGGAAAACCGUUUUCUUCAGUGAGCCCAAAGAAAUUAGAAGCCUUUAUCAAUGUCAGUGACUCGACAGUUCCAAAAUUUCACAUAGUAUUACCUCAUAGUAGGAAGGCUCUUUCACAGUUAAGGCUCAGAGGAAAUUUCCAUAGAAAUUAAGCCUAUUUACAGAGUGUUGUCAUUUUUCAAUGACGUUGAUCCAUCAUCUCGAAAACUCCUGAAGUUAUUUAUCCUGAUUGCAUCUUUGCUGAGUUGACAACGGAUUUCCCCAUGGAUUAAACCUUCUAAUCAAGGAGCGAUGAUGAGCUGAGAUGUGAGUCUCGUGGGGGAAUUCUGAGGCGAGAUUAGUGCAGUUACAUUCCGAGUUGAAGGAAACAGUGAUCUGAGAGCCCCUCCAGGUACUGAUGGUUUGAGGAUGCUUCCUUCUGGUCUUGGAUCCUCAGGCUCAUUGCUGUACUCACAAAUAGUUCCUAGUCUCCCUUUCCCUCUGAUUUUGUGGCUUAACUAUCUCUAAACAAAGACUGGUCCAGCUGCUGACCCUCUCUGUCACUCUCGUAGUAUUGCCCUGAGAGAUAUUCAACAGAAAAAGCCCGCAGACCAUGUACAUGAAACCUCACUCAUCUUCCCUACCCAAGUCACCUCCCCGAUAACAGACAUUGGAGUAGCUUGUACCCAGAAAACACACGGUGAUGCCUCAUCACUUCAACGUCAGAAAAUGGGCAAAGAAUGUACCCAUGCAACUGAAUGUAUCUCAUGCUUCACUGGCAUAGUAGAUGAACACUAUUCCUUAGCCUGCCUCGUACUGCCUUAUCCUGGAAAUACUGGGGAAAAUAAGCCAUAUCAGUGAGAUUUACCUAAAAACAAAGGAAUGAAAGUCACGGUGAAAACCAAGUCAGAUUUUUUUUUUAAACUGGCUCAAAGUCAGGGUGCCCGACUUCUAGUUUGUGCUCUGCCAACUGGUAGAUUUGUGACCUCGGUAGAUGUGGGUCUUGGUUUUCUCACCGUGGGUCCUAGUGUCUAAGUCACAAACUCUAAAUUCCUUCCCAUCCCUAAUGCUCUACUAAUUUGAGGGCAGAAAAAUCUAGUUCUUUUGAUGGUUUCCUUCAUAUGUACAUUUCCACCUUUAUGAAACAAAAAUGAUGGCCCUCCUAAUAGAUAUGGAAAUAUCUGGUAUUGAUUCAAAAUGAGAAUUUGACACGCGACUCAUCAGCUGUGUAGAGAAAGGCAGGGCGGCCUUGGAACAGCAUUGAAAACCCCAAGGGGACUGGAAACAAUCGGAGGAAAGGUACACGUCUAACGCACUAAAACAAGUACUGACUUCCGAGGAAAGGAAACAAGAACACCGCUGCGGACUUGCUAAGCACAGAAAAGAAGGAGAUACAGAUGAGAAGUGUGAGCGUGAAGUUCACGGGCAGAUGACCGGCUUCGACUUUGUCUACAGAGUUCUUGGUUUUGCUCUUUCCAGUCAGCCUCUAGCCAGUCUCCUUAAAUCUUUGCUUUGUUAACAUUUCUGUUGAGUCUCAUUGAAACAUACCCCCUUAGUCACCUUCUAGCUCCGGGGUAACUGAGAAGCUUUGCUGCGGGGGGCACGUUUUCCCUGAGAAGGCAGGGGAGGGAGGCUAGCAGGUGGGUUACUGGAAGGUUCACGGACUCCUUGGGCAUCAAGCCUUCCCAGGAAAGUCUCCUCGAUUAGUUUGGCAGAGAUUCCCUUGCCCAUUAGACACACCCAGAUUCCAGAUUCGAAUAUAAGUACAGAGCCUCAUCUAAAGCGAAAUUGGACUGCUUUGUGGAUUAACCAUGAUUGGGCAUUGGCCAAACAGUACAGUGUAUCUACAGUAAUCCAGACAGCCCCAAGUAAAUUUACAUUUGAUCCUCAGCUUCUUCAGUGAUUGCCUCAAACAGGCAAACCGCUGAUCUAAACGUCUCAUUUAUCUAAGGAGGACCUGCCCUAACGUACGUCCGGUGGAAAGGACAGGCUGUAAGAAUCAAAAGAGCGUGACCCUAGUGAUCAAAGUGACUCGUUUCUUCUGUAACUGAUUGAGGAACUUAGUGCAUCUCAAACUCCAUCUCAUAAAACUCAUUUAGGAGGGAUUUGCUCUGUAUGUUUAACAUUUUUAUAUUGUCCGGACUGUCGAAUCAAGUGUGGACCUAAAUGAAACCCCUCCCAGUGGGGAGACAUCCCAGUCGAGGAGGACACACCGUACAACUGGGAUUCUUAUUUAUAAAUCACUCAACUUUGGGGAUGAGUGGGGGGUGUG